AAAACAAAAAAAACAUGUCGGCCUAUCCCGUUUUGAGCUUAUUCACUGAGAGCCAGCUCCAGGAGCUUUACACAGCACAUUCUCAAGCGGCGACAACCAAGAUUCGCUUGGCUGGCAAAGCUCGCCUGGUUCGCAUCCCUGGCACGAAAGCAGCGGUGGCCUGGGCCAGCGACAGACAAAUGCAUAACGGCGUACCAGGUGGUGCAUUAGCACCUAGUGACGAUCCAACUAGCGCUGUUGGUGCUGUAAUGGGGGGUGCGCUCACCGGUAGCAAAGAAAGCGCACCAUCACCCUGCCAUUGGAUCGUGUGGCCAGCACCGCAACCGACGCUUGAGCAGGCGCUAUUAAGCCACGGCUUUGUUGUGGACGAUGACGAGCCGGCCAUGGUAGCAAAUCUAGAUGAGGACGAAGAAAAGUUGAUUCAAAUGCAUAGGCUGGCCGUAGCAGGUGCUGGGACAGACUUUGAGGUUACCCCUGUGGAGGAUGGCGAUACGCAAGCCCUGUCCGACUGGAUAACGACCUGGGGAUGUGGCAAUACGCCUAUAGAGGUGCUAAACGAUUACACUGUUACCUACAAAGCGAUGCUGAGAGACCUACCCCGAAGCGAGUUUAGUAUGUUCGUUGGCCGAGUGGACGGCCAGGCAGUCGGGACCGGCAUUAUGCUCUAUGCCGAGGGCGUUGCAGCGGUUCAUUAUAUUGUUACCUUGCCCGAAUUUCGCAGGAGAGGAAUCGGGAAAGCGCUUACACUGCACUCCAUGAUGCUCGCACGCCGACAGGGUUAUAGAAUUGCGAUGCUAACGGCCAGUAAGGACGGGCAGGGCGUAUACGAAGCUCUAGGCUUCCGCAAGUUUGGUCAACAAACAACAUACUUGUGGGGUUAG